ACACUCCCGUAUUUUCCCCCGCGCCUCUCCUCACGAAAUGGAAGCCCCCAAGCCCGCGAUGACCACCGUGUCCCAGCCCCAGGCCGUCCAGAUGACCGCCAUGAACCCCCCCGCUCGCCAGAGCACCCAGCACUCGGAAGAGUGCCAGAACAAGCGCGGCCUCGCCGCCCGCCUGCGUGGUGGAGGAGCUGGGCGGGACUGCUUCUUGGGCCUGAUCGAGUGCUUCCUCUGCUUCGAGUGCUGCAAAGACUGCUGCGAGUGCUGCGCGGACAUCAUCUGCUGCCCGUGCGAGAUGUGCUGCUAGAUUAUGGCGCACCAUCAACAUCGCUCCCCACGCACACGCUGUAGAGAAUGCUAUGACGUACCGGUCGUGCACAAGCUCCGGAGAGCGCGGCUCCUUUGGUUUAUGCUCUAUAUUGUAUGGACCACCUCUGGAUGGAGUGUGUAGUCCUGGUAUUGUACACCUGAUGACAUCGUUAUCCAUGCUUC